AUGGAAACCUCACCGGAUCGCAAGAUCCAGACGUCGCCAGAUCUCUCGAUCAGCACCUCACAAAAAGCCUCCGAAAUGAGCGACCCAAUCACCCCAGACGCGUCCAAGACCGUCUCCUCUGACCGCAACACCACCCGGGAGCUGGCUUGUAGUGAGUCUAAGCUUGCAUCUACCUCGGAGGAGGGAAGUGUUGUCCUGAAGCUUGCCACUGAGACCAAUCCUGACCAGACCGCCUCCACUGAGAAGCAACCCACCACACCCAAGUCUACAGCACAGAUUAGCCCAUCGAUUAGAUCUCGAAACGUCGCUGACAAGCCCACCACUGGUCUCGAGCAAACUGCAGCCGUGGAGGUGAUGGUGAACUUCAAUUCCAGCCCCGAAACCUUCGAGAAUGGCAAUAUCAAGGUCACCACCGACAACACAAACAACCUCAAGGUUGUUAACCCUGAUCCUGCAAUCAAUAUCAAGCAAGGCGAAGCUCCACCUACUAUUCAAUCCAAGCCCAGUCUCCCAUUCAACGACAACAAGGAGAAUGUCAAGCCUGUCCCGGUGGGUGCGAAGAGUGUUGAGACAACUAUCACGGCAGAGAUCAACACGAGCCCCAAGACAAAUGCCACCAUGUCCGAUAAUCAUGACUCAGGACAGAUGAAGAGAAUUCGUGAGCUUCAAGCCAAGUGUCGCGACCGAGGCAUUGCAACAUAUGGUAGUCCAACACAACUCGUCCAUCGCCUUUUGGCAAGCGAUCACAGAGAAAGAGAAUUCGAGCAAGAGCACGAGAGACAGAUGAGAGAGCUCAGAAAGCAGAAGGGGGAAGAUCAAUCUCAUACUUCUCCUCAAAACUCUUCUCGAGCCUCCUCACCCGGAAUCAGCAGUCACGCAUCCAACGGCCAGUCUCAAGUCGCUCCAGCUAGGUCGCAAGCACCCACUUCUCAGCGUCAAGACAACUUCUUCGGCACAAAGAUUCGUAGUCCUACUAUGCCCAACGCCACAGCUCCCUUCGCCAAAUCUCUAGCCUCUCAGAGCAUCCAGGCUCAGCAAGUUGUAGACCCUUCGAAAGUCAACACUGUCAAGACCGUUGGAAACUUCGCCUCUCACGAUGUCCGAUCUCAGACAAAUGCAAUACCUGCGAAGGUUGUUGCUGCCAACACUCUCCGACCAUCUGCCCCUCAAGCUAUCAGGGUUCAUCAAGCAGGCCAGUCUGUGAACGCUAAUACCGCCCAAAAUGCCAGACGGUUUGCUUCCCAAGACAUCAGACUUUAUCGAAAUGUCCAACCAGCAAACUCUCAGGGUGUCAAGACUAUCCCACAAGAGACCGGACUUAUCCAAGCUGUCAAGAAUAUCGACGCCAAGUUUGCUACAACAUCUCAGGCUGAUGACAGGGCCAACUUCCUUCACAAGAAGACUUUCGAAAUCAAAAACGAGUGUCUGAGAAGGGGUCUUUCGGCAUAUGGUAGCAGAAAGGAUCUUGUCUCUCGCCUGAUGUAUCAUCACCUAGCCAAGCUGAAGGCCGAGUUCAAGCAUGCACACGAGUAUGCCCGAACCAACAAUACUGACUCGGAGGCCCUUCUCAAGAAGGAGAUCUUGUGGUUCCGCAUCGAAUGUUUCUAUGAGCACUCUACCAAUCAAAUUGGUCUAGCCACCGAGCCUACUCGAGCUGCGUCCUACGCUGCAGCAAGGGCGGGCAGAUAUGCUGCGCCUCGACAUGCAAAGAUCAUGAAUGACAAUCUGGCCGAGCUCAUUGCGCAGGAGAAGAACUUGGAAGCAGAAAAGGCCAAGAGGGGUUUCUGA